GGUAAACUGGUAUUUGUUUUGUGUUAUUAACACAAUAAUAUUGCAUUUUCGUGUGUUUGUGUUUAUUUUCAUAUUGUAAAAUAUAUGCGUUGUUGAAAUGAAAAAUGUAAGGUGCAUUAAAUUGUGUUUGCUUCUGUAAGAUUAUGUUUUCUAAAUUUUAAAUUUUUUGAAUAAUAUUCAAGAAACCGGACAACCUUGAAGCUUUGAUUUGGCCUAGGACUAAUUAUUAGGUUGAGUUUAUUCAUAAAAAGGCCAAGACAUGGCAAAUUUGUCUGGUCUUCCCAAUGAAAUAAUAGAACUAAUUCUAAAAGAUCAGAACAUCUCAUAUAUAGAUGUCUGCCACUUCGGAAGCACCAAUUCGCGAUGUUGGAAUUUGGUGAACAGGUGCAAUUUAAUAUGGAAAUCAAAAUUUGAACAGAUGUGGCCUGGCUUGGCAGCCAGAGUGUACAAAAAUAAGAAAGAGGUCGAUUAUAAAGAAGCUUUCAUGUUUCGGCUGAAGCUUGGAAGAGAAACUAUGGUCAAUGUGCAGGCUAUGUCAGCCAAGUAUAUAAUGUGUGAGGAACUGUGGGAAGAACAUUAUGAAGUUUUCGAUAACCUCGUUCUCAGUGCAACCGAUACAAAAGUAGCGAGUUAUUUCAUCAUGGACGAGUUGAUGAGGUGUAUUCACCAUGAAAACAGGAAUACCAACCUAACAAACAAAUACUAUUGCGAGAAAAUUGUGAAACGUACGAAGCAAGCACUACUGAAAAAGAAGAUCGAAGAGUACAAAAAUUUACCUCCGGAAAAACAGUUGCUGGAAAAUGCAGCCGUGCUUAUCGCUCAGUGGUGUCAACCUCUGGAAGAAAUAACUAGGAAAGACAUCGCCUCUCGAUUGGACGCCAUUGCUGACAAGGUGUUGGAAGCCAUUAAAGCUGAGUUUGGUGACCAACAUCCGGCGUUAUGUGUCUCUAGCGAGUUGCGUGACAACUGGCGUAUUCACAAUAUAUCCGACAAUCACUACGACCCUUACAAGUCACGCCAAAUCAUCGAGAUUAUCAGCAAGGUUCUGUUUAAGGACUUGGGCUUCUACGGGAACAGUGACAUGUACUACUCACCAGACAACUCGUACAUCAACAAGGUAUUGGAACACACAAGAGGGAUUCCGAUUACUCUCUCCAUCGUGUACGAGAGUGUCGCACGUCGUGUCGGCAUCAAAUGUGAUCCUGUCAGUUUUCCCGGCCAUUUUCUGCUGCGUUGGCGCGACUCGUACAGAGGGGAUUCCCAAGCCCAGACAUUCUAUUUGGACAUAUAUAACGGGGGAGUCUUCCUCGGCAGAAAUAGCUGUCCUCGGUUCAUGAAUCUCGGGCGCUGUCCCAUGGGUGACAUCUCCAAUUAUGGGCCAGCCACCGCUGUGGAGGUGAUGGAACGGAUGGCCACCAACCUGGAAGUCGCCGGACGUCAGAGGACGGUGAUGGACAGCCGAAUGUUAGGGCUACGCAGUGCAUUAGAGCUAAGACACGUCAUCAGUCCAGACAAUAUCAGCUGUAUAAUGCAUCUCGGCCGGUUCUACAUGGACAGAAACAUGGAUGUGUUAGAAGUUGUGCAUUCAUUGCGCAAUCUGACAAAUCUCGAUCUCAGAGACUUGGGGCAGGUGUCCCACUUUGACAGACUGCUGAGUGAAUAUAAUUUUAUAGUUUGUCAUGAGCAAAACAGUGCCAAAGCAAAGGAAAGGGAAGUGACUUACAAUCGAAGAACGGUAGAAGAUGGAUUGUCUGUGCGGUUUGCAGUAGGCAUGAUCAUGCGUCAUAAAAGAUACUACUACACCUGUGUGAUCUUUGGUUGGGACAGUGUCUGUAAGGAAAGUCAGGAGUGGAUGAGACAAAUGCAUGUUGCUGGAUUAGAGAGGAAAGAAACGCAACCAUUCUAUCACGUCUUGGUCUACGAUGGUAGCUUCCGGUACACCGCAGAAGAAAAUCUGCAAGUAGAGACCGAUCCCCAUCGUAAAUGGGUCGACCAUUACCAAAUCGGAAGGUAUUUCGAGGAAUUCUGCGACGAUUACUAUUCCAUGAACAAAGAAACUCGGGAAAAGUAUCCCAAAGAUCAUUUGAUCGUGGAAGAAUUCCUGAAGCGAGAUAUUAUGGCUUGAAACUAGGAGUAAUUUCUUUGCUCCCACUUUCCAAUCACUUUGAUUUCCACAGUCAAUUUUCUGUUGCGUACAAUUCUUGCGAGUUGAUAUUUUAUGUUAGUAUUUCUGUACAUUGCAAGACUGUUAGACUUUACCUAUUUAGACGUGCAAAAUCAUGUCAUUGUUCGUUACUGUUACUAUUGUAGUUUAGUGAUUUUCAAAAAAUCAAAUAUUUAUUAUAGUUUGAUGACCAGGGUUGCCACCCGUCCCAAAUCUGUCGGGACAGUUCCAACUUCGGUACCUUUUUCCCGUGUUGUCUAUGUUAAUCCCGUCCCGAUUUCCCCAAACCAAAGAUGGCAGGCAACCUUGAGAAUGACUAUCUCUUAGUUAGUGUUAAUUUCUGUUAAUUAAUUAUUCAUGUUAACAAGUUAUUUUAUUUACUGUACAAGAUUCACACAAUAUAGUUGCUGUUUCAAUAAAUAAGUUUGAAUAAGUUGGUUUCAGUUCACAAUAUGAGUUUUUCAAACUAUUCUCGUUGAAUAGAUAAGUUUGUAUUAUUUUUUGCAUUUAUUGAUAACAAAAAAAUAUGUUUAUAGCCAAUAAGUUUUGUGUUGAAACAAGUUUUAGUGUUAUAAUUUGUACCAUCUAGUUUCGACUAAUAAAUCAAUGACCGUAGGCAGAUUGCACCGUUACAUCCUCAUUUAAGAUUAAUUUUAUAUUUAUUGAGAUUUCCAUCAUAGAUCCGGUUUACAGUAAACUUCUUAUAAUUUUUUAAUAGACCGACAAAAUAGCUUCAAGUGUUACAUGGAAAAAUAUAAUAAAAUUAAUAAAAAAUUAAAAUAUUAACACUUUUCAUUUAUAACACAUCACAGUUACUGAAUAAAAAGGUAGUUUUUAUAGUAUGACGAUGUAUGUCAGUUAUAAAUACUGUGAUAUUAUGUGAUUUCACUUUUAUACCAUAGAGGAUAAAUAGUUACAUAUAUUGAUUAUAUGUAGGCCUAAAUGUUUAGGAUUAUAUU